GGAGGCGGUAGCGUUCUUGUUCACUGCCUGCUGGGUUAUAGUUGGAUACUCCUGCCCUUCCCUUCUGAUUUAUCGUUGGUGAUUUGGUGUUAAAGUGUUAGUAUACGACUAAUAAACUAUGAUACACUUUGAAAAAGAAGCUCCCGUCUCCUCAUCAUUAAAGUGUUCUGACCGACACACAGGAGUGUUCUCUGUAUAAAUUUCAAGCCAGAGCCUAUAAGUCUAAUUCCUACCUAACAAUAUGAUACAUAAUGUUAUAAAUGUUGCGUCUACAUUUUCUAUUAUUUUGACAGUGAUCGCUUUCUGUGUUCGAUAGCUUCUGCCUUGCAUCAUUUGCGUUCAUAUGAGCGAAAUACUCAUACUUAUACUCAUUUAUUAACAAGCAAUGCUAUCUAAAUAAAAACAACUUUUAAAAAACUUUAGUAUCGAUAAUUUUUGUGCUGACACUAGGUAAAAGUGAUCCGCACACAGAGACUGAGCGCAGUUAUGCAAGUUUGAAAACCACGCCCACCGGGGGGAACACUCCAACCGUCUCUAUUGACAGUUUUACUAUGAAAAGUUUCCACUUUUGUGUCUUUAACGCUCGUUUUGGGGGGUCGACAGCUUAUAAAAACUUGUUUCUGGGUUUUUUGGCUUGUUAGCUGUACAUCUUGUCACACAGCAGCUUUUAGGUUUUAUUCUGUUUUUGUUAUAAGCCAGAAAUGACAAGGAGGCGGCCUCUCAAAGUCAAUGAAGACGGAUGGAUUGUUUUCCCCCCGGUGGGCGUGGUUUUCAGGCUAUGACGCGUUGCGCUCUGUCUCUAUUUCCCAACUAUUUGAUGCAAGCAAGUUGCAACAUUUUACCGGUAGCAGUAAAAGCAGAACUUGACUUCGGUUGAUAGGUAGCGCUUAUUCCCAUCAUCAUGAGUAACAUCACCUCUUGCAUGGAACCUCAGCACCUUACCUCCUCAAUCCUAAAGCCCAUUCUCAUUUUGGAGUUUAUUUUAGGAUUGCCUGGAAACAUCUUUGCUCUGUGGAUUUUUUUCUUUAAAUCUCCAUGGAAAGCAUGCAACAUCUACUUGUUGAGUCUUGUGACAGCUGACUUCCUAUUGCUCAUUGGCCUGCCUUUCCGCAUAGACUACCUGUUUCGUGGCGAAGACUGGAUAUUUGGGGAAUCGUUUUGUCGCUUCAUCCUCUUUAUCAUUUCUGUGAACGUCUCUGCCAGCAAGGCUUUCAUGAGCAUUUUAGCGGUCGACCGCUUCUUCCGAAUACUUCACCCACUCCACCCCAUUUGUCGAAUGACUGUAAAGCAAGGAAUAAUGAUAGUUAGUGCUGUUUGGGUGGGAAUUGUCCUGAUUCGCCUUCCACCUGCUUUGACCCUGGUUCUCCAAUCGCAUAAAAACUCUUCAAAGCUCAUAUGUCAUGAUUUUCUCGUGUGGACAUCACCAUCAUUGGGAAUGAAGGUAUACAAUACAGUGCAGCUUAUGGAAGUCCUGAUAGCGUUCAUAUUGGUGCUCUUCUGUUUUGUGAAUGUUUUCACCCACGUCCGUGGACGCCAGCUUAAAACACAUCGCAGGGUGACACGAUCAAUGAGGUUGAUUCUGAUUCUCGUGAUCAUGUUUGUUUUCUGUUUUAUACCUACAGCCAUUUCUGGCAUUUUACUUCAGUGGUUUUCCUGUUCUGCACAUCUCCAGCUAAGUCUCAAUAUCUCUUUAGCCCUAACCUAUAUGAACAGUGCACUGGAUCCAGUCAUUUAUUGCCAUAGUAAUGCCUGGUUCAGAGACACUCUGAAAGCCAAAGCCAAUUCCACGGGCCGAACACAGUUUAGGAUGAGUGACAAGACCAAAAGAAAACCUAAACGUUAACCUUGUGAAAUGGUUACAGUUUUUUACUUGCAAUCAUUAAGCCAUUUUCAUUACCACUAUAACAAGUAUUCUUACAAACGAACUUAAAGGGACCCUCCACUUUUUUUGAAAAUAUGCAAAUUGUCCAGCUCCCCUAGAGUUAAACAUUUGAUUUUUACCAUAUUGGAAUCCAUUCAGCUGAUCUCCGGGUCUGGCGGUACCACUUUUAGCAUAGCUUAGCAUAAUCCAUUGAAUCUGAUUAGACCAUUAGCAUCGCACUCAAAAAUAACCAAAGAGUUUUGAUAUUUUUCCUAUUUAAAACUUGACUCUUCUGUAGUUACAUCGUGUACUUAGACAGACGAAAAAAAAUAAAAGUUGCGGUCUUCUAGGCAAUAUUGCUAGGAACUAUACUCUGAUUCUGGAGUAAUACUCAAGGACUUUGCUGCUGUAACAUGGCUGCAGCAGGCGUAGUGAUAUUACACAGCAGUGCCCUGCUGAAAGUAGUCCCCUGCUAUUGAAAGUAACCAAGGGGACUAUUUUCGGGCAGUGUGUAAUAUCACUACGCCUACUGUAACCAUGUUACAGCAGCAAAGUCCUUGAUUAUUGCAAUGUUACUACAGAAGAGUCUUUAAAUAGGAAAAAUAUCAAAACUUUUUAGCGCAAUGCUAAUGGUCUAAUCAGAUUCAAUGGAUUGUGUUAAGCUAUGCUAAAAGUGCUAGCGCCAGACCCGGAGAUCAGCUGAAUGGAUUCCAAAACAGUAAAAAUCAAAUGUUUAACUCUAGUGGAGCUAAUGAGCAUACGUGGAGUGUCUCUUUAAAUCUGGACUGUGCUAUUUAUUGUUACAUUUAUUAUAUUAAUUAAACAUGCUUUCCUAUUGACAGUAAACACGCAUUGUACUGCGUUUUUUUAUUGGGCAUAUUUCAGUAAAUGUGUGACACAAUGAAACACAACAUAAAUGUAUGAGGCAUAGAAAUCAAAAUUAGCUCAUCAUCACGAUCACAUGCUAUAUAAACAGCCUGGAUAUUAAAUAUUCCUUUAGAGGAAUGCUUUAAAUUAUUUAGACCUCUGGUCGAGGUCAAAGGAGAAAAUCCCCCUCUCAAGUCAGCAUGCCAGUACAUUUCUUACUUUAGGAGACCACAUUUGUAUUACUGAGAGAAAUGUGAAGAUCUUUCAAAUGUCCUAUUUUAAAUGUACAUUUAAGGAUUGCAAAUACUGGCAUGACCUCCACAUAUUAUAUAUCCAGUAACAAAACGGCAUCAGUUAAAAGAAUCUACUGAACAUGCUCUCGGUAAAGACCGUAUUUAAAUAAAGGAAUCGCCAAUAACACAAUACAGUCUGACAAUGAUGUCCAGUCCUGGCUUAAAUACAAUAUAAAAACAGUUCACAAACUUGUACUCGUCAUGAUACACACAGAAGAUAUAGAGAAAUGUAGGAAUCCCCUCGAUGCAGAGCAAACUGAACUAAAACAAAGAAUACAAUAAUGCUUCUCAAAAGAGUCUUGAUCUGUACAUAAUAUCUUUACUGUAUAUGGCAUGGCCACCAGUUUCAUCCCUACAGCCACUGAGUCGUAUCAAAGACCUACAUAUGCUAUACCUCCCUGCCAGGUAAAAGUGUUGGCGCUUGUACCAGCAGGACGGUCCAAAAGUGUGUUGAACAUACAGGUUUGUUUUAGUGGCUAAAUGCUUUAUUUAUUGUGUGCCUUAAAGCUUUUUGUCCAGAAGAGGAAGCAAAUGUUCAAGAAACAUGAAGCUUUUUAGUGGCUUGUGGCCUGUGCGGUGCAGAGUUAGGCAGCAAAUGAGAAAUUGACAGAAGAGGCUGAGGGAGCGACGCAGGCGAGGGUCAGUCGUGGAUGACGAUCGGUCCUCGCAUCCGUAAACUGGGGUGGGGAGGUGCCAGUACUGGUACCUGUGCCGGCCCUUGAGGGACCCGGCGCAGGCUGAUCUGCUCACAUGGUUGUCUGCAUGCUCUUCUUAACUGUGAACGAGAGAGCAUCCUUCUGGCUUUCCUGUAGGGACAAGGAAAUGAAAAAAAUUAAAUAUUAUGAAAAUAUUGCAGAACAUGACUAAAGAAAUUAUGGUAUUAUUUAACAAAACGUAUAUUUCCUAGUAUUUAUAGAAUUCGUUUCUGAAAGAAACCUUGCUAAAUAAUGUUUUCUAAUGUAUUUUUUUCCAUUUUGGCAGUUGUGUUGUAAUGUAUGGUAAUGAUUAAAUGAAUAAAACUUCAAUUUUUGUGAAAAAUUAUGGAAGUGAUUUAGAAAGUACAUGAACACAUCACUGACCAUCUUAUGCUGUGACUGUUUAUACAAACUGUAUAUUACUGUAUAUUACUGUAAAACAAUUCAUUCUGUUUUGCUAGUUUGUUUCCAAAUAAUUUUAUAUUUAUUGAAUUAUGUCAAUCCCCUUUACCAAAUGUUGUGAAUUGUGUAGCAGAAAUUGAGGAUGAAUGUAUAUUAAAUAUACUGCAGCAUUCAAAA